AUGGACAAAGUUAUAAUUGAUAUUCAUUUAUUUCAUCUAAAAUAAUUGCAUUAUCCUUCCUCAUAAUUACUUGUUUGUAAAUCAAGUGAUAAUGAGUUAAUGAUAAUAAAUUAAUUAGGAACAAUAAUAGCAUAAUACAAUCAUACAAGUGAUAUAUUAAUGACAGAUAUUUUGCAUAAUGUAGAUGAAUUUUAUAUUGGAUUAUAUGAUAUAGAUAGAAAUUUAACAAUAAUCAAUAUGACAAUAAUUGAUAGAAAUAUAAAAGAUUAACCAAUUGAUGAUAUACGUAGAAUAGACAAGAAUGGAUUUUAUCAUGAUAUUGAGUUAAUUUGGGCAUCUAGUUUUUAGCUAAAUCAUAAGGCAACAUCAAUAUUAGUUAAUUCUGGUAGAAAUACAAGAGUAUUUUUGGUGGGUGAUGAAAAUGGAGCAAUUUCAUAUUAUUUUUAAAAUGGUACUUUAAAAAAUAAAAAUGCUAUAUCAUCAACACCAAUUAUUAAUUUAUUAAGAAGGCAUCCUCAUGUAAUGUUUUAAACAGAGAAAUUGAUUGGCUUCUUGAAUUCUGUAUCCUUAACUAUAGUAACUCCAAAAUGUGAUUAACCUGCAGCUUCUAUAAUAUCAAUAUAUUAGGAGAAUAUUUACAGUCAAAAUAUUUAUGUAUUGUUAUCCAAUUAAGAUAUAUUAAUAUAUCAAAUAAAAUCAGGAAAACAUCAUGAAUGUUCAAGUAAUUUUAAUUUUUAAAUGAAAUUUAGUAUCAUAUAAGAUUCCAACUUUAUAAAAAUUAAAGAAUAUUAGAGUCAUCAAUUCAUAUUUGAUUGGAUAUGAUAAAACUUUGUAAAUCUAUAAUACAUCCUUAUAUAAGUCACUUUAUUAGGAUGAAGUUCUUUAUCUAACAUCAUUAGAUGAUUAAAGAUUAUGGUAUUAAUAUUAUUCGAUUCGUUCGCAUAAAAUAAAUGCUUAAUCAAGUAAUGCUUAUGAGUUUUACACUUUAAAUAAUAAGACUACAAUUAGAUAAAUUGAAUUGACUCAUUUUCCUAUGCCUUAGAGUUCUUCUUUCUCUUUAAUGGAAUCUUUCAGAUUUCCUAUGAUUUUAGUUGCAAUAUUCAUUGUUUUUAUAUUCUAAUUUUGGUAAAAAAAGAAGAAAACAGAUCAUGAAAGUGAUGAAUUAAGUGUAGACAUGAAAAAGAAGAUAGAUGAUAUGGUUAAAUAGUAUAAGAAAUAUGAUAAGCCAGAAUGA